UCAUUUCACGUGACUGCUUGCACUUAGAACUCAUUUAUCACGGAGUAGGAACUCUCCAAUAUCGUCGUUAUAGGCCAAGAGAUGCCCGUGAACAGCCAUGAAAGUGCCAGUCAGGGAAGGACGCAGUGCUUUGUUUUAUUGUUGUUGGAUAGAGGCACAGGAUCAUUUCACGUUGUUGAGGAGAAAGGAGAAACAGCCUCCUCCCACCUUGUUAAAAAAAAGAGAUUUAAAAAAAUCUCUAAUUUCCUCGAAGUACGGAAUCCCAAAAGAGGUAGCUCUAAGGAGAAUCCCUCUGGGUUUGAGUGCAUUCCUCUUUCAGGGGGGCCUAUUCCCUUCUUGGACUGCUUUCCUUAACAGAGAAAUCUCUCUGAGCCAAAACUCGGCCUCCCCCAACUCCAUCCUGUCGGCCCCACUUUUCUGCUCCGGAGACUUCCAGGCCAGUCCCUACUCCUCCUUCAGUCAGUCGGGCCCGCAGCCGCGACCGGCAGGGCCAGCCCUCUCCUCCCCCUGCGUGGCGCAGCACAGGCCGGGAGCGCGCGACCCCGGGCCCUGGGCGCCCCGCCGCAUGCUCGCGGCUGGGAGCCCCUGUUUGCGUGGCCCUUCGAGUUACUCCGCUAAAGAGCCGCCGCGUCGCCCCAUCUCGGCGCGAAUCUGAAAGCGUUUUCGGGGGAGAAGAUGUUGGGGGCACUGGUCUGGAUGCUGGUAGCCGGCUUCCUGCUGGCGCUGCCGCCCGGCUGGGCCGCGGGCGCCCCGAGAGCGGGCAGGCGCCCGGCGCGGCCGCGGGGCUGCGCGGACCGGCCGGAGGAGCUCCUGGAGCAGCUGUACGGGCGCCUGGCUGUCGGCGUGCUCAGCGCCUUCCACCACACGCUGCAGCUGGGGCCGCGCGAGCAGGCGCGCAACGCGAGCUGCCCAGCAGGGGGCAGGCCCGCCGACCGCCGCUUCCGGCCGCCCACCAACCUGCGCAGCGUGUCGCCCUGGGCCUACAGAAUCUCCUACGACCCGGCGAGGUACCCCCGGUACCUGCCUGAAGCCUACUGCCUGUGCCGGGGCUGCCUGACCGGGCUGUUCGGCGAGGAGGACGUGCGCUUCCGCAGCGCCCCAGUCUACAUGCCCACCGUGGUGCUGCGCCGCACCCCCGCCUGCGCCGGCGGCCGUUCCGUCUAUACCGAGGCCUACGUCACCAUCCCCGUGGGCUGCACCUGCGUCCCCGAGCCAGAGAAGGACGCAGACAGCAUCAACUCCAGCAUCGACAAACAGGGCACCAAGCUCCUGCUGGGCCCCAACGACGCGCCCGCUGGCCCCUGAGGCCUGUCCUGCCCCGGGGGUCUCCCCGGCCCGCGUCCUGAGGCGCCCAGGCUGCAGCGGUCUGGAGGGCUCGGUCGGCGACCUCUGAAGAGAGCGCGAGCAACCAAGCGCAAGCAUCCGCAUCGCCUUUGCAUGGAGACUCAUCGGACAUGGGCAUCUCUGGCUGCUCUUAGCCACAAGCAAGCAGGACGGCUGGAAGCUGACGGGAAACGCCCUGGCACAGCCACCCUGUGUGCAGCCCGCACGGAGGUUGGGAGAAGUGCAUGGAGGAGCCACCCAGGUCGGCUGCGGCGGGUGCAGGGUGUGACUCACCGCUGGGUGCUUGCCAAAGAGAUAGGGAUGCAUAUGCUUUUUAAAGCAAUCUAAAAAUAAUUAGAGCGACUAUAUACCUACUUUUAAAAUCAACUGUUUUGAAUAGAGGCAGAACUAUUUUAUAUUAGCAAAUUAGAGCUACUCUAUUACAUUUCUUAACAUAUAAACAUUGUUUUUUCUUCUGGUCGGAUUUUUUUUUAUGCAUAAUUGGAAUCCUUGGAUAAAUUUUUUAGCUGGCACUCUGGCCUGGGUCUCUGAAUUCAGCCUGUCACCGACGGCUGAUUGAUGAAAUGGACAUGUCUGAUCUGACGCACUCUUCCUUCCACUGAAGGUCUUCACUGGCCUCCAGGUGGACAAAGGGAUGCACAGGCGGCUCGCAUGCCCUAGGGCCAGCUAAGAGUUCAGAGAUCUCAGAUUUGGUUUUAUGAGUCAUGAGUACAGAAACAGUCUCAAACUUGUACAGUUUUUUUCCCUUUUGAAAGCCCCGGGGCCAAUUUGUGGUUAAGAGGUGGUGAGAUAAGAAGUGGAAUGUGACAUCUUUGCCAGUUGUCAGGAAGAAUCCAAGCAGGUACUGGCUUAGUUGUAAGAGUUUUAGGAUCAGGACGAAUAUGAGGACAAAGUGGGCCACGCUAGACUCUGCAGCGAUCACUCUGGGGGCUUCUGUUUCUACAUUCUGCCACCAGAGCUAGGUCCUUGCUCUUUUCUUUAGAUUCAAAGUCUGUCUCUGAACACAAUUAUUUGUAAAAGGUAGAAGUUCUUUUUAAGUCAUUAAAAGAGUCUCGCUAUAGGAUA